UAUAAAACAAUCAAAAUCCUAACAACCACACAAUAACCAUCUCCUUCCCUCCACUCCCAUGGCGGCACCAUCAUCUCUUCCCGCCAUUUCCAACACCUUCUUCACCCCUUUCAACCCCUCAAACCAAACCCUAAAAACACGAAACACACUAACCGCUCGAUCAUCUCUCACAUCCCAAUCUCUCUCUUCCGCUAAAUCCACCCUCCUUAAUCUAAUCUCCGAUCAAAACAGAGGCAUCACCACCCAAUCUGACCCCCAAAAGCUGUUACAAAUCACCGAAGCAAUCGACACAAUCGCCUCAAUCAACGGUGAGCAGGUUACAACCGACAGUUCACUCUCUGGUACCUGGCGGUUGCUCUGGACUACCGAGAAAGAACAGUUGUUUAUCGUAGAGAAUGCGGGGUUUUUCGGAACGAAAGCUGGAGAUGUGUUGCAGGUUAUUGAUGUGGAGAAAAGGAGUUUGAAUAAUGUUAUUACGUUUCCUCCUGAUGGUGUGUUUUUUGUGAGAUCUGAUGUGGAAAUUGCUUCUUCUCAACGUGUUAAUUUUAGGUUUACAAGUGCUGUUUUACGUGGAAAAGGCUGGGAGUUUCCGUUGCCACCAUUUGGUCAAGGAUGGUUUGAGUCUGUGUACCUUGAUGAAGAGAUACGGAUUGUUAAGGAUAUUAGAGGGGAUUAUCUAGUUGUUGAUCGCGCUCCUUAUUCUUGGACCGAAUAAAGGUUUGAUUCAGUAUACUUGGAUGAUGAUAUUCGAGUUGCUAAAGAUAUACGUGGAGACUAUCUGGUUGUAGAUCGUGCUCCUUAUCAGUGGAAAGAGUGAAGAGCACAGUAGCAUUGUGGUGUUGAUAUCCCUUCACUUGUUACCUCCAAAAUUCUUUGAAGACCUCAUUGAUAGAGAGCUAAUAUGUUGGUUGUACAAGGUCAAACUUCUGUUCUCGUAGAUUUUCUGUAUAUUUGUUUGGUGAUAUUAAAAGCAUUUGAUUUGUAAUUAUUACAAUGUUAAUCUUAUUAUUAUUAUUAUUAUUAUUAUUAUUAUUAUUA